AUGGCCUCAGUCUGCUCGCUCUGCUUCGGGUUCAUCUCGGCCCCAGUGAUGUUCGCGCUCUCUUCUCCCGCACUCGAAAAUGUGGAGACGACCAUCUAUCGAGGGGCCGAUCCUCAGAGGGCUCACAGCGCCCGGCGGGUCGCCACACGUCGUUUCUACAACGUGGAGUCUCUGACCGAGUUCAUUGAUUUUGCUCGUCACGAAGCUGACCUCGGACUUUGUGUCGACGAAGUCACGAUAUCACUUCCUCCGCACUCUAUCUAUCCUGGCCAGCUCAUACAGCAGUGCCUUUCCCUCACUCCGAACGUUGAAGUCCUCGCCAUUCACCUACCACGCCCCACUCCGCCCACCAUCUUAUCCGGAAUUUUGCUGCCCAAGCUCGCAGUCUUCACUACUUCGCUCCCUCACCGAUGUAUCGCAUCUUUUCUCCUCUCCAAUCUAUCCAUCACCGCGCUGUCUAUUCAAGCCUGCGGACCCAGCCUCAACUGCCCCCUUCGAAGACUGGACUUACGGCACAUCACGGAUCUUCAAGGCCCCGCUCGCUGUGUAACGCGCGUUGCAAACGGUCAAGUUCGCCGGGCCACUGUCAACCUUACCCGUCUGGCGUCUUCCGUCUCCCUCGCCGUUCAAGCCUUGGCAACAUCCCCCCUUCACUGCCUCAUCAUCGACUUCUUCUCCCACGACUACAACAUCUUGACGAAGGUUGCGACCUCCUUACCCAACGUCAAGGCGCUGAGGUUGAUUGAAAAACCGUGUGCCCAGGGCAGGGAUCAUAUCGGCCCAUGGCAUCAUCCCUCCGAAUGGCACCAAGCACUUCUUCGCCUCUCCAGCCUGGAAGAGAUCGAGCUGCAAACCACGGACGAUAUCAAGCUUCCGUCCAAUUACUCCCUCGCGAAGCUUGUGACAGGGAAGCAGACUCACUGGUUCAAGCGUGGUAAUGGAGAGUGGGAGAAUCUGUCGUGA